GGCUGAAGGAGGGGAGAAAUGUGAGACAGGAGUGAGCGGGACACACAGCCACUGAUAGAGAAGAACUUGUUUAAGAGCAGUCACCAACAACUCUGAAGCAGAGAUCCUGGUGUCGAACGCACAUGAACAGAGGUGAAAGUUCAGGGGUCAGAUAUAACGGCAAAGAGUGAGAAUGUCAGUGAGGCCUCUCCUUUUCAUCCUGGGGAUCACCACAGCAACUGUUGUUACAGCUCAAGGCUCAUGGAGGAGAGACAACCGAGACUCCAACCCUGCUGUGUACCCAGAUGAGAACUUUGAGUGGACCACAUGGUUCAACGUCGAUCACCCUGGUGGACGUGGUGACUACGAACAGCUGGAAGCCAUUCGCUUCUACUACCGUUCCCGAGUAUGUGAGACCCCCCGGGCGCUGGAGGCCAGGACCACCGAGUGGGUCCCAGCUCGAGAAACUGGAGAAAUAGUUCAUGGAGACCCCACUGUGGGUUUCUGGUGCCUCAAUGAGGAACAAGGUCCAGAGCGUAACUGCUCGAAUUACGCCGUGCGCUUCCUUUGUCCUAAAGAUGGCGGUGCUAAGACUGAGGCAGUCUGGGGGCCUUGGUCCGACUGGAGCCCCUGCCCAGCCCUCUGUGAUCAAGUGGCGGUUCAAAUCCGCACAAGGAGCUGCAAGUCCCGCUCAACACCGUGCACUGGACCCAAAGUGGAAGGAAGAGCAUGCAGUGGCCCUUCCUGUCCAAUUCAAGAGUGCAGCCUCCAGUGCGUGAAAGGUAAAGUCAACGCAGAGUGCGACGCCUGCACCUGUGAAGAUCACAUCCUGCUGGGGUCUGUUCGGGGCGCUGGUGGCCUCACAGCUGAGGGGGCAGCAAUCCUGCGCUCUGGUCAGCUCCUCACCUUAACUGACCACAACGGACACUUCCGUGUCCCCGGCAUCUGCGCCGACGGCAACACCACCCUGUCGGUCAACCUGCAGGGACAUGUCACCCAAAACGUUGUCGUGCCCCUCAGCGAUCAAAGAACCUCAGUCCUGAGCCUUCAGCUCAAAAGAGCAGAAAAGCUCCGGGUUGUCAGCAAUCCUGAGAGCAAGGUCAGAAGAGAAGGACAAGCCAGUGCCCUCUGCUGCAAGAUCGAAGGGAUUCCUGGACCGGACAAAUACCAGUGGUUUCAUAAUGGGUCUCUCUUAGAAAAAGAGACUGAGAGCACUUUGGUGCUCCGCGAUCUGCGCAGUGGACACUCCGGGGAGUACUACUGCCGGGCAAGUGGUCCCACUGGGGCUGUGAAAACUAAAGCAGCCACUCUCAAAGUCAUUGGCAAAACGGAACAGUCGUGUGGCUCCCAGCCGGAGUCCAACCUCAUCCGUCUCCCUCACGACUGCUUCCAAAACAGCACCAACUCUUUGUACUACGAUGUGGGCAGGUGCCCCCCAAGAACGUGCGCCGGGCAGCUUGACAAUGGAAUCAGAUGCAACGACAAAGUGGCGUACUGCUGUGGCGUCGCAAAGAUGGAGAAGAGGCAGUUACAGUGUCGGGGCUACCAGCUGCCCACCAUGGUGGUGACCGAAUGCGGCUGCCAGAAGUGUGUUGACACCAAGGCAAUGGUGCACGGUCGGGCUGUGGCAGCGGACAACAGUGAGCCAAUGAGAUUUGGCCAUAUCUUUAUGAAUGGAGUGAGAAUUGGACGCACUGGUUACAAGGGGACCUUUUCACUGCAGGUGCCACCUGAGACUGAGAGACUGGUCCUGACUUUUGUGGACAAUUUGAAGAAGUUUAUCAACACGACAAAGGUUCUACCCUUCAAUGCAAAAGGAGGAGCCAUUUACCAUGAGAUCAAACUCCUGAGAAGGAAGGAACCGAUCAGAAUCAGCUCCAUGGAGACCAACACUCUGGAGCUGGGGGAAGUGGAAAACCAGGAUCCCAUGGUUCACAUUCAGAUUCCACCUCAUAGUUUUUACAAAGAAAAUGGAGAAAUCUUCACUGGUAAUGUCGACGCCAGCGUGACCUUUCUGGACCCAAGAGAUGUGUCAACCGCUGCUGCAGCCCAAAGUGAUCUGAAUUUUGUCGGCAGUGAAGGCGAUACUUUGCCUUUGAGGACCUACGGGAUGUUCUCCGUUGAUUUUAGAACGGAGGAAACAAACGAACCUCUGAACGCCGGUGAGGUCCAAGUGUUUCUGGAUUCAGCUCAGGUGACAAUGCCCGAGCAUCUCGGCGCUAUGAAACUCUGGUCACUAAACCCAGACACUGGUCUGUGGGAGGAGGAAGGAAGCCUGAAGUUGGAGAGGACAUCCAGGAGGAAGCGGGAAGAGAGGACGUUUCUGAUUGGUAACAUGGAGAUCCGAGAGAGGCGGCUCUUUAACUUGGAUGUUCCAGAAAACCGUAGGUGUUAUGUGAAAGUCAGAGCAUUCCGUAGUGAGCGGUUUAUGCCUAGUGAACAAGUGGAGGGGGUCGUGGUCAGUCUCAUCAACAUGGAACCCACAGCCGGUUUUUCGUCCAACCCUCGGGCCUGGGGCCGUUUUGAUAGCGUCAUCACGGGGUCCAACGGGGCCUGUCUGCCUGCCUUCUGUGACGACCAAAAAGCUGACGCUUACUCCGCGUAUGUCAUGGCCAACCUCGGUGGAGAAGAACUGGAGGCGGUGCCCUCCUCACCCAAACUCAAUCCGAACCUCAUUGGCGUCCCUCAGCCUUACCUCGAUAAACUGAACUACAGGCGCACCGAUCACGAAGAUCCCAAAGUGAAGAAGACGGCAUUCAGUAUCAACGUGGCAAAACCAACCCCAAACACGGCCGAAGAAUCCAACGGACCGGUCUAUGCCUUUGAGAACCUGAAAGAAUGUGAGGAGGCACCGUUCAGUGCUGCACACUUUCGCUUUUCUAGGGUAGAGGGCGAUCGGUACGACUACAACACCGUGCCCUUUAAUGAAGACGACCCUAUGAGCUGGACCGAGGACUACCUGAGCUGGUGGCCCAAGCCCAUGGAAUAUCGAGCCUGCUUCAUCAAAGUCAAAUUGAACAGCCCGCACGAGCUGAACGUCCGCUCUCGAAACAUGGGUGGCACCCACCCGAAAACAGUGGGUCAGCUCUACGGCCUCCGAGACAUUCGAAGUAUCCGUGACAUGGACACACCGACCCUGUCUGCUGUGUGCCUGGAGUUCAAGUGCAGCGGUAUGCUGUACGAUCAGGAACGUGUGGACCGGACCCUGGUGAAGGUGAUUCCUCAGGGAAGCUGCAAAAGAGACGAGGUCAACGGAAUGCUCCAGGAGUAUUUAGUCAACCACCUGCCUCUGGCCGUCAACAAUGACACCAACGAGUUCACCAUGCUGGCUCCUCUUGACCCGCUGGGUCACAACUAUGGCAUCUAUACCGUGACUGACCAGGAUCCACGCACAGCCAAAGAGAUCGCUCUGGGGCGCUGCUUCGAUGGCACGUCCGACGGAACGUCCCGAGUCAUGAAGAGCAACGAAGGAGUUGCACUGACCUUCACGUGCGGGGAUCGUGAAGUCACCCGUCAAAGUGUCUUCCAGACAGUUCAGAGUUCGCAGAGCCAAGUCAUGACAAGCGGAGGCAGAGGCGACAGCAGGCAAAACAGACGUCGACAGAGGGCAAACGCUCGAAGGAGGAGCGCCAGGGAUCCAUUGGGAAGACGCACAAGGACCCGGAACUAAAUAGCACAAGAUGAGAAGAGCGAAGCACCCGCCACGACAGGUGCACUCGUGUAUUCAGUUAAGCAGUUUGGCCACGUGCCCCUAUUAACCUUGAAAUUUCUUGCCAAUAGGCUGUUGCAUUUUUUAACUGUACUGUGGAAAAUGUAUACUUGAAAUUGUAAAUAGAGUAUUUAUUACACACAUCAAAACCCUGACACCAAUAAAGGAUCAAGUUCACCCAUUUGACCAGCGAUUUAUUAAAUUAGAUGCUUAAAAAACACUGCAGAUGCUGUAUUUCCAAACACUGUACAUUUCCAAUUGUCCAUGUCGCGACGAAUCUGGUCGACUGCUAGAAAACUAGGAGACGUAAACCUCAGUUUUGAGCCCAUAUGAAGAUAUGGUGGGGUGAGGCCUGCGGACCUCCGCUCCUCAUCACACUUGAUACAAGCCAGCAGAAGCAACGUUUAGAUGAAGACCAAGUCCGACAGAAUAUCACAUUAGAUUGCAGUUUGUAAAGCAACUGAAGGCCUUUAAGCUCUAUUUUCCCAAGGACACUCGAAAGAUGUAUCAAGUAAAUGUCUGUUAAACUUUUUGUGGAGUUCAGUUGUUGAACAUUCACCGUAAAAUGAAACGUCAAAUGUUUUCGGCUUUGCCUCCUGUAUGGAAAAUGCACACAGGCAGGGUGGUGUAGGUCGUCCGUCAUCUGUAUGUCACACCAUGGCACACAUGCCAAGAAAAUGAAGUGACAGAAAAACAGGCUUUAAAAUGUAUCUGUAUAUAUAUAUAGGACAUUGUGUUCUUGCAUAGAACCUUUGUUUCUGUCACUACAAAUACAACUGCAAUACUGUAUCUGUCAUUUUCUCCAGAGAAACGCUUCAUUAAA